UAUGUUGUUUUAUGAAAGAUUAAAUUUCUUCUUGAAAAUAAAAACUUGUUACAUUUUUAUUUGUAUAAUAAUUUUGUAGACGUGACAGCGAUCUACCGGCAAAAAAUGUGACGCCUAAUUGAAUAGUGAUAACCAAAAUUUGUUAUUUUACCAUUUUCAUUAUCAACAGCAGUUUAGUCGACGUCUAGUUUGCGAGUCAAGUGCCGUGACUCAGUGUCGUGGUAAAUAUAUUUUGUUUGAAUACGUGCAUUUAAUGCGAUAUUUUGAACUAGUUAAAACGGUCGAGUGAUUAAGGAACGACACUUUCAUCACUUUCGUGAGUUUGAGUUUUAUUCUGCUAAGUGUUACUGUCGUGCCGCCCUAAGACGUCUAUAACACAAUGGCUGGUCAAACGAUCCAAGAUAGACUAUUGGCGGCUAGACAUAGUUUAGCUGGACAAGGUUUAGCGAAGUCUGUGUGUAAAGCUACCACCGAAGAACUGAUUGGACCCAAAAAGAAACAUUUAGAUUAUUUGAUACAUUGUACUAAUGAACCUAAUGUGUCAAUCCCACAAUUAGCUAAUUUGUUAAUUGAGCGAUCACAGAAUGCAAGUUGGGUUGUAGUAUUCAAGUCCUUAAUUACAGUUCAUCACCUUAUGUGCUAUGGAAAUGAAAGGUUUACACAAUAUUUGGCUUCCAGCAAUAGUUCCUUUCAACUUAGUAAUUUCUUAGACAAAAGCAGCUUACAAGGACCCGUUGGAGUACGAUCUGGUUAUGAUAUGUCACCAUUUAUAAGGCGUUAUUCAAAAUACUUGAACGAGAAAGCCUUAUCCUAUCGCACUGUUGCAUUUGACUUCUGCAAAGUUAAGAGAAGCAAGGAAGAUGGAGUGUUACGUACAAUGAAUUCAGAAAAAUUGUUGAAGACGUUGCCUGUUUUACAAUCCCAAUUGGACGCAUUAUUGGAAUUUGAUUGUACUGCUGCUGAUCUCACUAAUGGUGUCAUUAACAUGUCUUUCAUGUUGCUAUUUCGUGAUUUAAUUCGCCUUUUUGCUGGAUACAAUGAUAGUAUUAUUAAUCUAUUAGAAAAAUAUUUCGAUAUGAAUAAAAAACAGUGUCGAGAUGCUUUAGAUUUGUAUAAGAAGUUUCUUAUUAGAAUGGAUCGAGUUGGAGAAUUCCUCAAAGUGGCUGAAAACGUGGGCAUUGAUAAGGGUGAAAUUCCGGAUCUUACAAAAGCUCCCAGUAGCUUAUUGGAUGCAUUGGAACAACAUUUAGCGUCUAUUGAAGGAAAGAAGUCUGCAGCAAACACUCCAACUCAGGCAACUAGCAUCCAUCGGACUGAUGUAAAGACUGGUGUAUCUGCCCUUUCUUCUACUAGCAGCUCUUUUGGAACAAUAGCCCAACAAGCAGAUGGUGUUGAAGAAUCACUAAAACAAGCAGUUCUAGCUGAAGAAGAAGCUGUAUUGAACCAAUACAAGGCAAAAGUCAAUAGUCCAGUUAAUGGUGCUUCUGUAGCUGCAGCAAAUAAUCCAUUUUUAGUAUCAUCAGAGCCCAUUGUCGACUUGUUUUCAUGUCCUGCUCCAUCUUCACAGUUGUCUGCCAAGGCCUCAGAUGAUUUACUUCAAUUAAGUAAUCCGUUUGCUGACAUGUUUUCGGGAUCCAUGACAACUUCACAAGGAAGCGCUACUAGUACAAUUGACAAUGCGUCUGCCAACAACUGGAUGAGCAAUGGCUUUAAUACAAAUACCAGUAACGCUUUUGUUGAUGACAAAUCAUUUACAUCUGUGUUUGGCCAGACUGAACCGAUCCAAACUAGUUCAGUUACAAACGCAGGUUCGUCAGAUUUAAAUAACAAAAAAGUAUUGACUGGAGACUUAGACAGCAGUUUGGCAUCAUUGGCCGAAAAUUUAACCAUCAAUAAGGCUACACAACCACCACCGGUUCAAUGGAAUUCGCCCAAAAAUACUCCAAAGCCAGGAAGUGGGCAGCCUGGAAUGGGUUGGAGUCCUCAACCUAUGGCGGCUACAACUGGAGCAAAUUACAGACCUAUGGGUCAAGGAAUGAUGUCCAACCCUUCACCCUUUGUAUCAUCUUAUGGUCAGAUGGGUGUACAGCCCAGUUCUGUUGGUGGUAGCGCAGUAGGUGGUGGUAAUCCUGGAGUAGCUGCUUCUUCCAGCGCUCAGACCUCUCAACCACAGCCGGCUAUGGAUCCUUUUGGUUUGUAAGGAGUUAAAAUGGGACUAAACAUCUACCAAUUUAUGUGUGGCCAAUGUAUUCAAUUUUAAAUGAUGAUAAACGAAAUAUUAUCAUAAUACUAUUUUUGUGCCAUACGUUUCAUCAUUGAGUUAGCAAUGCGACAAUUCAAAUUGACUCUUAUUGUUAUUCAAUUAAAUAGUUUGAUAUGAAACAAAAUUUGUAUCUUUUUGUUAGAAUUCCAAGUUGUUUGGUUUACUUUAGUUGAAUUAAUAUUCUUACAAUGCUUAAAUUUGCCUUAGUUAAUUUUUGAAAAAUAUCCAGCUAGAAUUGAACUA